GGGACGUGAGUGGGCGGGGUCAAGAAUCCCUGAGAAGGGUGUUGCGCAGACGCCCAGGUCUCCCGCCCCCUUUUUAGGCCUGCAGGUUCUGGGUUCGAGCUGGUGCGUUCUGUGAGUGUGCACUGGAACUCCAGGAAGAGUAGCGCAAUGUGCUUGGAGUCAGGUUCCUGGUUUCUGCAGCCCCCGGGGUCGCCGCUGCCCCUGCCACUGCUCCUGUUCCUGCUGCUGACAGGGCACAGCUUGGGCAGAUCCGACCCGCUUCCCCUCGUCAUCAACACUUGGCCUUUUAGGGGUGCAACCGUAGCAGCAUGGCAAGAACUUCAGACUGGAGGUUCUGAAUUAGAUGCAGUUGAAAAAGGGUGUUCUUGGUGUGAGAGCAAUCAGUGUGAUGGCAGUGUAGGCUUUGGUGGGAGUCCUGAUGAAUUUGGGGAAACAACACUGGAUUCCAUGAUUAUGGACGGCACCACCAUGAAAGUAGGGGCAGUAGCAGAUCUCAGACGAAUUAAAAAUGCUAUCGGUGUGGCAAGAAAAGUAUUGGAGUAUACGAAGCACACACUUUUAGUGGGAGAAUCAGCCACCCAGUUUGCCGAAAAUAUGGGGUUUGCAAAUGAGGAAUUAUCUACCAACACUUCUCGUUUUCUCUAUUUGGAGUGGCUGAGCCAUAAAUGUCAGCCAAAUUUCUGGAAGAAUGUUAUACCAGAUGCAUCAAAAUUCUGUGGACCGUAUAAGCCAACUAGAGUCCUUGAACAGCAACUUCACACCUCUGAGAAAAUAAAUAUUCACAGUCAUGAUACGAUCGGCAUGGUUGUAAUCGGUAAGACAGGACAUAUUGCUGCUGGCACAUCUACAAAUGGUGCAAAGUUCAAAAUUCCUGGUCGUGUAGGGGAUUCUCCAAUAGCAGGAGCUGGCUCAUAUGCCGAUAGCACUGCUGGAGGGGCUGCUGCCACUGGAGAUGGUGACAUCAUGAUGCGCUUUUUACCCAGCUACCAAGCAGUAGAAUAUAUGAGGAAUGGAGUUGAUCCAACUCUAGCUUGCCAGACAGUUAUUUCCAGAAUCCAGAAAUAUUUUCCUGAGUUCUUUGGGGCUAUUAUAUGUGCCAAUACAACGGGAAGUUACGGGGCCGCCUGCAACAAACUUCCAGGAUUUUCUCAGUUUCGUUUCAUGAUUUAUAAUCCUCUGCAAAGUCAGCCAAUUGAAGAAAAAGUAGACUGCAUUUAAUUCUUCUUUUCUGUCAACAUCUAUAUUUAAAAGAUGAAGGAAGAAACAAAGGCUGUAAAGGUUCACUAGCUGCCAUUUUUGAACAUGUUCCUGCAGUAGACCGUAUUCCUUUGUGUCAAUACAAGCGUCAGAGUAAAUUUGUGCUGACACGGCACUCUCCAUGUUCUUCACUUGAAUUUUGUUUACCAUGUCAAAAUGCUGUUUAAACUCUGUUGCUUUCUCUGAAUAUGAAAAGGCAUACAUGGGUUAGAGGAAUUUAGGAUUUUUUUUUUCUUCCCGAGUUUCAUGAAGUUAAUACAUUGAGAAGCGGUGUGGUACAGUUAAGAAACCCUGGCUUUGGCAUCAGAAACUUGAGUUCAGAUCUUGAUUCUGCUGCUUAUUACCUGGGUGAUUUUUGACAAAUCACUUAGCUUGUCUGAGUUUCCCCCUCUAUAAAAUAAGAACUAGAUGGCCUCUGAAGCAGGAGUUAUUAACUUGGAACCCAUGAACAGAGAGGGAAGAGAGAGAGAGAGAUUGAGAGAGAGAGAGAGAGAGAAUUAUUAAUUGGUUUCCACUAUAAACCUAUGUUUUAUUUUAUGCAUUUAAAAACAUUGUUCAGAAAGGGGACCAUAAGCUUGACCAGACUAACAAAGGCAUCCAUUUGAAAAAAGUUAAGACCCCCUGCUCUAACAGCCCUUGAGCUCUAAAUCUUUAAUUCUAUUAGUGUUCCUACUAUUACCAUUGGGUUGUUUUUUAGGAAACUUCUCACUACCCCCUUUAAAAAAUAAAUGCACAAAUGUCUCUAUGAAUGGCACUCUCUUUGAAAUAACCAAGUAUUUUAGUUGAGGAGCCAGAAUGAGGCAUGGCAUGAUUAGUCAUGAUUGAAUUUCUGUAUGUUAUAGUGAUUUAUCCUUUAUCACUGAUUAUUGCUCCUCUUAUAUCUAGCUUUAGCAUCUGCCUUCUGGCAACUUGGAAAGGGAAGAUUUCAGUAUAGCAUCUCAUUUCCCUUCCAUUUCUGAUCUUCCCCUAAUACUCUCAAUGCCUUUGUGUGUGUAAUGGAAAAUGUGGGCAGUGUGCUGAUGAACAGUUUUAUUGAUUAGCUUGCUCUGUGUCCAUCUGAAGGAGCCCUUGUGGUAGAUAGGCAGGAUUCUCAAACCAUGUUUCCAUUAUUAUCUUUUACCAGUUUGCUGCAUUUCUAAUAGCAGUAGUUCAUGUUGAAAGUGUUUUAAUUUGGGAAACACGAUCUGUGAUGGAGCAAACCCAUCCCUUAUGGAUUCUUCUCCUAGCUCCCAUUCGACAAAACACUGAGUGUAGAGAUCCUUUGCCCAGCCUGUGGACAUUCCUUUCUCUUUAGUGUUCUUGAAUUCUUCAGGUUCACACUCAGUGGUAAUUUAGAAGUUAAUACAAAUUACCUAUUAUUAAUUGGCACUUGUUUGUUUGUUUGUUUGUUUGUUUUUAGCAUAUUAACUUUUCCUGGUUCUGUAGAUUUAGGAUGAGAAGUUUAUGGUUUCCAACUUAGUGUAGACAACUACAAAUUUGGAUAUGGAGGAGUAGCCAUAGAAAAAAUUCCACAACUUCACACUUAUCCUAAGUCAUAUAUUAUAACUGGUCCUUAACGGCUCCUGUGAUAUGCAUGAAUUUAUGCAGAGGGUUCCUUAAAGUGUGUCUUUCAGGGCAGAGUUAAAUUUCCUUCUUUGCUAUGGAAAUAAUAAAAGUUCAUAUUUAUAUGCUACAUUACAGUGGGCAGGUCCCUAGGUCUCUCUGGGAUCUAGGCAGUUUUCUCUAAGCCUUUGAGUUGUAGAACAUGUGCAUAUUUUUGCAUGGGUAAAGGGAUUCACUUUUCCUGGGAGUUCCCUAUACCAGAGAAAUCCCAGGUCCCCACCCAAAGAGAAUGCUUUCAGUUUCUCUGCUACUUAAAGCCCACUCCUUUAUAAAGCUCCAGUUUUUUUUAUUGGGUUCUGAUAGCAUAUCCAGGCAGGGAAACUUUUCAUUAGAUCAAAUCAAAUGGGAUCAAGUCAAAUGGGAUAAUAAGUGUAAAGUGCUUUGCAAACCUUAAAGAUCUGUACACUCACUAUUUUUAUUGAAUGCCUAGGUGUCUGUGCUGAUGUGCUGGAUGUGUGGUUUCCCCCCUUCUGUCUGAUUUUACUACCUAGAAGACACUCAGCAGGCUAUAAAUUUGAUGAGUAGAUCAUAGGGACACACUAGUGGCUCAUUUCCUGUUCAAAUAAUUCUUAGCAUUGCUAGCCAUAUAGGAUUAAUUAUAUCUUACACCUGGGCCACUAAAAAACACUUCACAGUUAAAUGGCCUUCUGAAGAUAGAAUAGGAAGCAUCCGAAGAUUCCCAAAGGGACUCCUGACAGUGUUUAGACCACAACUUAGAUGUUUGUGAUUUUUAAUCUAGUGUAACCAGAAGGCCCCAUUCUUUCUGACUUUGUAAACCUUAACACUUAUUUGCAAAUUCAUUAGCAUUCAAAAUGCAGGGAAGAUCCUAAGUUCUUGCUUGUCCUAAAUUAGUUUAAGGGCUACAGGGUCUAGAUGGCCCAGGACUGGUUUCUGCUCCUAGUAUUAGCAUUCUCGUUCUCACUCUGAUAGUUGAGACUCACUUGCAAGAACUCAUUUGGUUGGGUUGUUAUUUUUUUAAGUAGUAGGUAACAAGCAGGAAUCUGUCAUUUUUGCUAGACUAAAUAAUCUUGGUUUUAUAACAUUAUCAUUCCUACAUGCCCUUCAUUUCUUUGACAAGAAUUAUCUGAUGUAAUUGUUCUCAGAUUGAUUGCUUUAUUAAAUGGUCUAUUAAAAUUAUUAAAAUUAUUCAUUCUAAAAUUUAAA